AUGUCGUGGAAGACUACCGCGUGGAACAUCUACAGUCGAGUUAUGGAGGCAAUCGGGAUUGUUGGUCCAUAUUCUACUCCACCGGAUGGAAUUUUAGAGAGAUUUCAAGAAGAGAGGUACCGGGAGUGUAUCAGAACGCUUCUCGAGAGCUCGAAACCGGAAGAUAAAGAACUUUUUCAAGUGACGGUUUCGCGUACGGAGACUUGCCAAGACUACGGAUGUGAGCAGAGCUUCGGUGAUAGCGAAGUGCAGACAAGCUCUACGCUUAUGUUGGAGUUGAGUGGCUCGAGGACUGUUCAACAAGUGGUUUCGAAGUUCCUGGCACCCUCUCCUCGGAACUGUGGUCUCGAUGAGUGUAAAGGAUUCGUAAGAUCCGAAAUAUUGAUAAAUACUUCCCAGUGGCUGAUCGUAGAAAAUUUGAAUUAUCCAUAUGAAAGGGGACAAGACAACAAGAUUGAUGGGAACGUUUGUAUCGAUGUGCUUGGGAAAAAGUAUUCGUUAUAUAUGGUCGUUUCCAAACGCAAUGGAUACGUGGUUGCCGAUUGGCGUUCUAAUGGAGGACCGUUGCCCUCUAGCGCUCGGUGUUUCAUGAAUGAACUUAACAAAUCGUCGAGUGAAGCAUACAAAGAAAUCGUUGGGAUGGUUGAGAUUUACCAAGACUUCAAAAAGGACGUACAAAGAGCAAAAUUGAAAGCCGACCAAAUUCAGGCCGCUCUGAGCACGUUCGACGUGGAGCAAGAUAGAGAAGAAUUGCAAGUGCAGGCGCGCAUCGUAAAUGAAAAUGAUCAUGACAGAGCGGUUGGCUCCUUGAACGACGAGCAAAAAGUGCUAUUUGAUAUGAUUAUGGAAGGUCGAAUGCGUGUUGGAGAACUCCGUCAUAUCAUGUACAGGAAAUUCAGAGGUCAUGGAAAAUGUGUGCUUCCACGAGUCACUGAAGUAGACCAAUUCAACGAUCUGGUAAUUGGACUUAUGGGCACUGAUGUAAUAUCAUUACUAGCAACUGAAAAUGUUACGACCUCGUCUGUAUCAACGAAGGCUUGUCCGUGGCAGAGAAAAGAGUAUUCCAUUCUUCACUCAAAUCUCCCAAUCAUUGGCUCAAUCUAUGAAAACCUUGGCAUGCAAUCGACGGCCGGAGGACUACGUGCAGAGUUAAAGUUUGCGUUGAACUGUCGUGUUAUUCUAAGGCGAACAAUUGACCGAGUAAAGGGUCUUGUUAAUGGACUCACCGGAGUUCUGGAAGACAUCAAUGUGGCCAGUGGACAAGUUCAAAAACUCGGAGUUAGAUUUGACCGACUACCCGAUGAACUUAUUUGGGUCACCCGAGUGACAGUCAUGUACACGGACAAUCGGCUGAGAAUGAGAAGUAGAACUCAAUUUCCUUUGGAACCAGCUGCCGCGGUUACUAUCCAUAUGGCACAGGGUCUCACCUUGGACAAUGUUAUUAUGAAAACAAGCUCCAUCUUUGCAAACUCUCAAUGGUAUGUUGGCGCCUCUAGAGUGAAAACCAUGGCAGGACUACACCUAAUUGAUUUCAAUGUCACAAAAGUCCAAGUCGAUCAAGGAGCACUGACAGAAUAUGAGAGACUUUGUUCUUCUACGCUUGAGUGA